GCGCUUUACCAAACGCUUUCUGGCUUUACCUAUUUACCUACUUAAUUUCCUGUUCGAGAGUCUCCGUUGCCGUGAUCGUCGCGAUUUGUCCUCCGGUUCGUUUAGUUCCGUUGUUAUGUUUUAACAGAAGUGGUUUUAAUCUCCGGUAACAAAACCGACGAAACCACUUCUUCAUCGUUAGCACAUUCGAGAUCAUCAUCAUCAUGAGGCUCUCUUUAUACAUCUUGCUCUUCAUCGGGACUCUAUUCAAGGUUAACACUCAGGUUGAAUAUGCAAAGUUUUUUUUCGGGACAACGAAACGUCCGAUUCCAACUUCUUUGGUGGUCCAUCAUGAACCUGGAGUUCCUCCAGGUUGGACUACUUCCAGUUUAAGGCCGUCAAGGUGGUUUAUCGGCGAUAAAAUUAACCCGUCGUAUGAAGCCGGACAAGUUUUGGUUGAAUCCCAAUUUAUUAAUAUCACAAAACCAAUUCGGAAUCAAACUAAACCGGAAGAUUAUCCCGAAGGGGUUGAACCACCGGAAGCUGCAACUUUCGAUAAAGAUAAAAAUUUAGUCGAAUGGGUUUUGGGAUUAUUUAAACCAAAUAAUCCAAAUACUACUCAAAAACCAGGGGAAAUAAUUAAUACAAGUACAGAAGGUGUUAAAUGUGAACCGUGUAGUUGUGGAAUAAAUUAUAAACAUACAAGAAUCGUCGGUGGAGUAGUAACACAAGUUAAUGCUUACCCAUGGGUAGCUUAUUUAACUUAUAACGGCCGUUUUUAUUGCGGCGGUUCACUAAUAAACGACCAAUAUAUUUUAACAGCAUCACAUUGCGUAACCGGUUUCUCUAAAGAACGUUUAAAAGUGAUUUUACUCGAUCACGAUCGCUCAACAACGUCCGAAUCUGAUAUAAUAACAAGGGGUGUUCAAACGAUUUUUAAACACUCAAAUUACAAUGUUGGAACAACCUACAAUAACGAUAUCGCUUUGUUAAAAUUAGAUGAAAGAGUUGCUUUUGGGGAUUUAUUAAGACCGGUUUGUUUGCCGAGAAGGGGUGAAACAUUUACAGGGAAAAUUGGCACCGUUGUGGGUUGGGGUGCAACCGAAUCUCACGGUUCAGUUUCAAAUAAACUCCGAGAAGUGAAAGUUCCGAUUUUAUCAUUAAAUGAAUGUAGAAGUACAGCGUAUAAUCGCGACAGAAUUACUGAGAAUAUGUUGUGUGCCGGAUAUCCCAAAGGGAUGAAAGAUUCUUGUCAAGGUGAUAGUGGGGGACCGCUUCAUGUACCCGAAGGACGUAGACAUGAAGUAGUUGGGAUUGUUUCUUGGGGUGAAGGAUGCGCAUUGAAAGAUUAUCCUGGUGUUUAUACUCGCGUCAACAGGUAUAUUACUUGGAUUGAAAGUAAUACCAAAGGUUCGUGUUAUUGCCAGUAAUUUUUUAUUUAUUUAUGACGAAAUUAAUUAAUUUAAAUUAA